AGUCUUCUUGUUCUUCUUCGGUUGUAAAAUUUUCCGUGCAACGUUGGCAUUUGUAGUACAUCUCCAUUUGUAAUGAUGUGUGGUACUUCGUAUGUAGUGCUGUACCGUAGUAAGAGUACGAACUCGUGACUUUCGGACGAGCAUUUUUUAGAUGACCUAAACGAUAAAUUCGAGUUACAGUACGUACGUUACCGUACUACGAUACGGUAUUUUUUGACAACCAGAAAAUGCCUUCCGUCAUCGACAAAAUGAUAUUGCGAUGGUCUCCAUCUAUGGACUUAUUGUGAUCAAUACACGUAGAAUUUCCUAACAAUCAGACGAUCUCUGAAGGCAUUCAAAAUGAAUAGGGCAUCAUUCACGCGAAGAAAUGAGAAAGCAAAAAAGACCCCCAGCGUUGGUCGUCUCAGCUUCCGUAAAAUCAACGCGAUCAAUCUCCCGUUCGGCGGUGGCUCCUUCCGAUCCAAAAAGAUCAAGAAAGGGAAAAAACCGUCCAUGAUCGAUAUUUUUGCAGAAACUACCAAUGAUCAAAACUCACAAGCUCACGCUCAAAUGAGCGAGAAGGCAAAGGGAACGCGGCUGGCACCGAGCAGCGUGAAUCCUGACAAGGAAGAUUGGGGGCUUCUCUAUGAACUUGCUUGCCAAUACGAUAGAUUGAAGUUACAGGAGAUCGAGGAACUUAAAAAUCCCGAUACAAAUGCUGGAAAGCAAAAGAAAGAGGAAACAAAAACGACUGUUCCAGGUAACAAGAGGAAAAGUAUGAAAAAGGAGAAAAGCAUCAAGAACGCUCUGAAAGGUAUUUUCGGUGGGACAAAUUUUACUGCAAAUGGAAGCUUUUUGAACGAAGCAUUCUUCGACCAGUACCUAAUCGAAAGCCCUGAGUUUUCUAGCGUCACGUUUGAUUUUUCCAACAAAAGUGGUCUCUAUAGGCGAUUCAAUCGGAAGGACGAAGAACAAAAAAAUAUCUCUCGAAAGUUUGCUGCCGCUUUGCUGAAGCACCCCAAAGCACCAAAAAUCACACAUCUUCACAUGUCCAAUGCUCUCUUGCCCGACGCUUUCUUGGAAGCUCUUUCCGACGAAUGCCUCGGUAGCACAUCCGGUGGUCUGCCAAUGCUGCAGGUCCUGAAUUUGGAAUCGAAUGUUUUGCGCAAAGACGGAAUCGAUGCCUUGGCAAAGUGCAUUGCCGAUCCGAAGGUCUGGCCCCGGCUACAGGUACUGAAACUCGAAAACCAAAAAAAGGACAUCACCUACGAAGCGGAGGAAGUUCUGGGCAGUGCCAUCCUCGAAAGCUCGAGCCUGGUCGUGAUUGGAUUGCACGUAAAGGGAGGGAUCCCGAAGCAACAAAUCGAAAACACCAUAGCAUCCAACGUAGACAAGCUCCGCCAGGCACGCCGCAAGCACGCCUCGAAAACCGGUACCCUCAAGGCACGGAAGCGCAACGAUAUGGAGCAAUUCUUCGAUACCAUUGCCUCCAACACCGACCCCUCGAUCGUCGAAGUGGAUCUGACCGGCGACCUCAAGUUUUUGGGGCUGAAGGCAGCCGAGCGAACCAAAACGGGUGCGUCCUUCAAAACCAACACGACUGUGACCAAGGUGAAAAUGGUGAAGCUGAAGCUCGACGACGAUUUUGCCGAAGCCUUUGGCGAUGCUCUGGCCACCAACACGACACUCGAGACGGUGGUCCUGGACAGUAAUUCCUUUUCCGGGAAAGGAAUGAAGGCCUUGCUAAAGGGACUCGGAACCAACACGAGCAUCGGAAACUUUCAGGUCCGGCACCAAUCGAAGACCCUGCCGAGCAGUGACGAGGAAAUCAUACCGGAGUUGCUCAGCGAGAACAAAACCGUGAUCAAGCUCGGGAUCGACGUCCGGAAUCCAUUGAUCAAGACGAAGCUCGAUCGCAAAACCAACGAGAACCGGGACCACCAACGAAAACUGCGCGUUGCCGCGAGGAAACAAAAGAAGUAAACGAAACGACGAGAACAAGCCCCACGAACGAAACAAGCGGACCAACGAAAGGUCGGUAUUGAAUUCGGUGCAAUGCGAUACCAAGCACCGAAACCCGCGAAAUUUUACGGACGUGGAUAAAAGGGAACCGAGCAUUGGCUCAGGAAAACGAGCCCUAGGCAGUAACAUAAGCU